UGUGUGCGUCACGUAUGUAUGUUAUGUGUGUGUGUGUGCGCGUGUGCGUUCACGUAUGUGUGUGGUGUGUGUGCAUGUGCGCGUAAGACUUGGUUUCAGGGUUUAGGUUAUAAUCAGGGUUAGGGUCAGGGUUAGGGUCAGGCAUGUAGUUCUGAUGGUUAGGGUGACGGGCUAGAGAUUGCAUUGCGUCAGUGUAUGUCCUCAUAAAGAUAUUUAUGUUUACUUUUCAAUCUGUACUGAGCUACUAUACUGCACUAUACUUACAUUGUUUACAUGUUUUCAGUUCAGGGUAGUAUUGUUAUAUGUAUAUCAUGUAUGUUUACAGCAGUACGUGUGUGUUUUGUGUGUGCAGUGGGUCAGUGUGCUCAGGGUCGAUUCACACAGAAGCUCUUGAAUGAUCUGAUGGAGAAUUACUCUAGCGCUCUGCGACCGGUGGACGACACCGACAAAACCCUCAACGUCACCCUGCAGGUCACACUGUCUCAGAUCAAAGACAUGGUCAGCACACACACACACACACACACACACACACAGCCAUGACAUCAUACACACACUGAUAUAGCUAUCCUCUCUCUCUUUCUCUCUUGAAGUCACUCUCUCUUCCUCUUGUCAGCAUUUAAUAUUAAGAGGUGUUUGAGCGUCUCUACUCAUCUGACCCUCAGUAUCAUUGUGUGUGUGUGUGUGUGUGUGUGUCUCGUCUAGUGUUUGUGUGUGUUCGCGCGUCUCGUGUGUGUGUGUGUGUGUGCGUCUCGUCUGGUGUGCGCGUGUGUCUCGUCUGGUGUUUGUGUAUGUUCGCGCGUGUCUCGUCUAGUGUGUGUGUGUGUGUGUGUGUGUCUCUCGUCUAGUGUUUGUGUGUGUUCGCGCGUCUCGUGUGUGUGCGUCUCGUCUGGUGUGCUGGGUCUUCUGGUUCCAGUCUGAUCUCAGGUUUCAGGCGUUUUGUCGUGUUUCUGCUUUUAGAUGGGUAUCUAUGUUUGCUCACUCAAAUGACAUCACUAAAAGCGAGAGAUGUUACACCUGACAGAAGAUCUUAUUAAUAACCUGUUGACCCAGAUUGCAUUUCACUCCAGUGUUUGCGCAGGACAUUACCAUGAUAAAGUUCUCGUUUCCAUAUUCAUUUCCACAUCAUAUCUGUUACCUGCGUGUGCAUGAUUGACAGCUGAAUAGAGCGCAUCUGGUUACCUGGAGAGCAACAAGACACCCGCAGCUCCUGCAUUCAGAGCAGAUGAUGACCGGCUCCGGUCCACACAAGAAUGACCUCCAAACUCCUGAUAGUGAGUCAAUGAUCUUUACAGCACAUCUGUGGUGAUUUUCUGUGAUGUGAUGAUCUGAGGCGAUGGAGAGAACGCAGCACGGGAUGGUGAUGAUAAUCUCUGCGUUACUGCUCAUUGAAGUGGGUCAGUGUGCUCAGGGUCGAUUCACACAGAAGCUCUUGAAUGAUCUGAUGGAGAAUUACUCUAGCGCUCUGCGACCGGUGGACGACACCGACAAAACCCUCAACGUCACCCUGCAGGUCACACUGUCUCAGAUCAAAGACAUGGAUGAGAGGAAUCAGGUGUUAAUUGCGUAUCUGUGGAUCAGACAGACAUGGAAUGAUGCUUAUCUGAAAUGGAAUAAAGAGGAUUAUGAUGGUCUGGAGGUCAUACGCAUUCCCAGCAGCCUCGUGUGGAGACCAGACCUGGUGCUCUAUAACAAGUACGCCCAUGAUGAUUUCUCUGGGCCCGUGGACACAAACGUUGUGUUGCGUUAUACCGGAGAGAUCACGUGGGACGCUCCUGCCAUCACUAAGAGUUCAUGUGUGGUGGACGUCUCUUACUUUCCCUUUGACAGCCAGCAGUGCAACUUAACAUUCGGCUCAUGGACCUACAAUGGGAACCAGGUGGACAUCACCAUGGCGAUGGACAGCGGCGAUCUGUCUGACUUUGUGGAGAACGUGGAGUGGGAAUGUCACGGAAUGCCAGCCACCAGGAACGUGAUCAUGUACGGAUGCUGCUCGGAUCCGUAUCCCGACAUCACGUACACGCUCCUGCUGCAGAGGCGGAGCUCCUUUUACAUCUUUAACCUGCUGCUGCCCUGUUUCCUCAUCUCGUUCCUGGCACCACUGGGAUUCUAUCUGCCCGCUGACUCGGGUGAGAAGGUGUCGCUGGGCGUGACUGUCCUGCUGGCGCUCACCGUCUUCCAGCUGAUGGUGGCGGAGAGUAUGCCUCCAUCUGAGAGGGUUCCUCUCAUCGGUAAGUAUUACAUAGCGACGAUGACUAUGAUCACAGCAUCCACCGCUCUGACCAUCUUCAUCAUGAACAUUCAUUUCUGUGGAGCGGACGCUAAACCCGUACCACACUGGGCCAAAGUUCUCAUCAUUGACUACAUGUCCAAGAUCUUCUUUGUCUAUGAGGUCGGGGAAAGCUGUGCUUCACCGUUUGGACAUACCGAAGAUUCUAAGCCACAACACAAUCCCAAGAACCGCAGUCCGAACCUUCAGCAUGAUAACAAACUGAAAGAACAUUCAUCAGAGAAGACUGCGACUGGACAACACAAUCUUCUCUCUCUCUCCAGUAAGUGUGAGAGAUACGAUUCUAAUGCCCCGCCCCCCUGUUUCCCUGAUGAUGACAAAUCACCCGCUUUCGGUGUGACAUGUGACCGUUGUGGCUGUCGGGGCAGAAGUGGAAUUCUAAGCUGUGGCCCGAAACUGAUCCGGAAUGUCGAAUACAUCUCAAACUGCUUCCGGGAGCAAAGAGCGACCUCUCUGAAAGUGGCUGAAUGGAAGAAGGUUGCCAAGGUGAUGGACCGAUUCUUCAUGUGGAUAUUCUUCAUCAUGGUCUUCCUCAUGAGCAUCCUCAUCAUUGGCAAAGCACCUGGAGUGCAGGAGUGAUUGACAUCAUCUCGUGAAACACAACAGUGUCUGCAUCACAACGCUCAUGUUCACUAACACAAGCUUCACAACUUCAAUGCACAUAAAUCCAGUUUGUUGUUGCAAGUCUUUGUACACAAUGUACAAUAAAAAGGAUACCACAUGUCUGACUGAAAGAGGUGAUGAUGAAAUAUACAGAUGCACUGUCAAAUAAAAAGCUGCAAAAGUAACUUUGGGAUAAUUGAAGAGAUUGAACUGAAGGAGUUUUGUGAUUUUUAAAAAAUAAUAUAGUAGCCUAUAUAAGUAGUAAAUCCAUGAAAUUCUUGUUAAUGCGCGUCUAACACGUAAAGGUCUCUCUCACACAUUCCUGCUGAGCUGCAUCCCAUCACCAUGGAGAAGGAAUCCCGCCUGCGUCUUUUGCCUUUAAAUGUGUUUGUUGGGUGAAGUUUCACGGAGAUCUCAGAUUGAAACACGAGCUCAUGUGUGUGUCUGGUAAGUUCACAUCAUCUCGCUCUCACAUUUGACUCUUUUUGAAUAUACUGUGUGUAACAUAUGACUUCUUUUCAUUUAAGAAAAUAAAAUCGAUCAGCAUGAACAUGAUUAAAAGAUUGUGUUAUAUUGUAUUAUAUAUGAACAUUAUAAUAUCGUACGUGUUUGCCUGUGAAAACGUAUAGAUGAAUUUGAAGAGUUACUCAGAAUUAAAGAAUAAAGCAGACAGAAACCUGGUGUAAAAUGUUUCUUUCUUUCGUGAAAAUGAUAAUGCCAAUUAUUCUAAUGCAUUAAGACUUUUAUAAAUGUCCA